AUGGAGCGCUUCUUGGGCUUUGUCAAGCAGAUAAGAAGAUCGAGAAGAAGAAAAGGCAAAAAGUACCGGCCAGAGGAGGAUUACCACGAGGGCUAUGAGGAUGUCUACUAUUAUGCCUCAGAACAUUUUCGAAAUGAGAGUCCUUACACAAAAUCUGCAAACCAGGCAAAGGCACCUGAUGGAGCACUGUCUGUGAGGAGACAGAGUAUUCCAGAGGAAUUCAAGGGCUCAACAAUAGUUGAAUUAAUGAAAAAAGAAGGCACCACCCUAGGGCUCACAGUAUCGGGUGGUAUCGACAAGGAUGGGAAACCAAGAGUAUCUAACCUUCGUCAAGGAGGAAUUGCUGCUAGGAGUGACCAGCUGGAUGUAGGGGACUACAUCAAAUCUGUGAAUGGAAUCAACCUGACCAAAUUUCGCCAUGAUGAGAUCAUCAGCCUGCUCAAGAAUGUUGGUGAAAGGGUUGUGUUAGAGGUGGAAUAUGAGCUGCCUCCAGUCUCUGUACAAGGAUCAGGUCUCAUCUUUAGAACUGUGGAAGUUACUUUACAUAAAGAAGGGAACACUUUUGGAUUUGUAAUAAGAGGUGGAGCACACGAUGACAGAAAUAAAUCUCGUCCUGUAGUAAUAACAUGUGUCAGACCUGGAGGGCCUGCUGACAGAGAGGGCACAAUCAAACCUGGGGACAGGCUGCUGAGUGUUGAUGGGAUCCGACUGUUGGGAACAACCCAUGCUGAAGCCAUGAGUAUUCUGAAGCAGUGCGGGCAGGAGGCGACUCUGCUGGUGGAAUACGAUGUCUCAGUGAUGGAUUCAGUAGCAACAGCUUCUGGGCCACUGCUAGUUGAAGUUGCCAAAACUCCUGGUGCUGCUCUUGGGGUUGCACUAACUACCUCGAUGUGCUGCAACAAACAGGUCAUUGUCAUAGACAAAAUCAAAUCUGCAAGUAUUGCAGACAGAUGUGGUGCAUUACAUGUAGGAGACCAUAUUCUGUCCAUUGAUGGCACCAGCAUGGAGUACUGUACACUGGCGGAAGCAACGCAGUUUUUGGCUAAUGCAGCUGAUAAUGUCAAACUGGAGAUCCUUCCCCACCACCAGACUCGGCUAGCACUGAAAGGCCCAGAGCACGCAGCUCUGGUGUCUUCAUCCUUCUCUCCUACCUCCAUGAGUGCAUACAGCCUGAGUUCCCUGAACAUGGGGACCUUACCUCGCAGCCUCUACUCCACCAGCCCACGUGGGACAAUGAUGAGGCGGAGGAUGAAAAAGAAGGACUUCAAAAGCUCCUUGUCUUUAGCCUCUAGCACUGUUGGUUUGGCUGGGCAGGUCGUCCACACAGAAACCACAGAAGUAGUGCUGACAGCUGACCCCAUAGUGGGGUUUGGGAUACAGCUCCAGGGCAGCGUGUUCGCUACCGAGACCUUGUCCUCUCCUCCCCUCAUUUCCUACAUUGAGUCUGACAGUCCUGCAGAAAGGUGUGGGGUGCUGCAAAUAGGAGACAGAAUAGUGUCAAUAAAUGGUAUCCCAACAGAAGACAGCACAUUUGAUGAGGCCAAUCAACUGCUCAGAGACUCUUCUAUCACCAACAAGGUCACUUUGGAAAUAGAAUUUGAUGUUGCAGAAUCAGUUAUACCAAGCAGUGGAACAUUUCAUGUGAAACUACCAAAGAAGCAUAAUGUGGAACUUGGCAUCACUAUAAGUUCUCCAUCAAGUAGAAAACCAGGGGACCCUCUGGUUAUUUCUGAUAUCAAGAAAGGAAGUGUUGCUCACAGAACUGGGACACUUGAACUGGGUGAUAAGUUGCUGGCAAUAGAUAAUAUUCGACUUGACAACUGCUCAAUGGAAGAUGCUGUCCAGAUCCUUCAGCACUGUGAGGACCUUGUAAAGUUAAAGAUCCGCAAAGACGAAGAUAAUUCCGAUGAACAGGAGAGCUCUGGAGCAAUUAUUUAUACUGUUGAGCUCAAGCGCUAUGGUGGGCCUCUUGGAAUUACAAUCUCUGGUACUGAAGAGCCCUUUGAUCCCAUAAUCAUUUCCAGCCUUACAAAAGGAGGAUUAGCUGAAAGGACUGGGGCAAUUCACAUAGGAGACAGAAUCCUAGCAAUAAAUAGUAGCAGUCUGAAAGGAAAACCUUUGAGUGAAGCCAUUCAUUUGUUACAGAUGGCAGGAGAAACUGUCACCUUGAAAAUCAAGAAGCAAACAGAUGCUACCAGUCCCAAGAAAUUUUCUGUGCCUGUGGGUCACGUGAGUGAGCUGAGCGAUGCUGAAGAUGAAAGCUCUGCUGCACAGAAAUCUGGCAAGCUCUCAGACAUCUAUUCCACUGCAGUCCCAAGUGUCGACAGCGCAGUGGAGUCAUGGGAUGGCUCUGGUAUUGAUACCAGCUUUGGAAAUCAAGGACACACCUAUCAGGCUUCAGGAUACAACUUCAAUGCCUAUGAAUGGAGGAGUCCCAAGCAGGGCAGUUUGUCCCCUCCAGGCAAGCCACGGAACCACCCGUUCCAUGAUCCAGGGCUGAGUGACGACGAAUGGGAUCGACCUGCAGCAAGCACCACAGCUUCCAAGAAUAUGUGGCAACAGAAGGAGACUGAGACAUUGGGAGAGAAUCAAGAAAACCAUUUAAAGCAAACAUCUGUGGAAAGAUCAGCUGGAGAGAGCAUCAGGAGCAUGAAGAAAGAGGGAAAGAUGUGGAAAGGUGCCUCUGGAGGGCAAAGGAAAGGUGGGGGACAGCUGGAAGAGUGGAAUACUUCCAGCUUCACAGGUACCCAUGAUAACACCGAGGCUGACCAGGAGGAAAAUUUCUGGUCUCAGGCUCUGGAGGAUUUAGAGACCUGUGGCCAGUCAGGAAUUCUGAGGGAACUAGAGGCCACAAUCAUGUCAGGAAGUACAAUGAGUUUGAAUCAUGAGAACCCACAACCUCGUAACCAGCUGGGAAGACAAGCCAGCUUCCAGGAAAGAAGUUCUGUAAGGCCACAUUACAGUCAAGCUACUCGUAGCAACACAUUGCCAUCAGAUGUGGGGAGAAAGUCCAUGGUUCUGAGAAAAUUUAAGCAAGAGAUGAAAGAAAUCAUGUCACCAACUCCUGUGGAGUUACACAAGGUAACUUUGUACAAGGACUCUGAUGGAGAAGACUUUGGGUUCAGUGUCUCAGAUGGUUUAUUGGAAAAAGGAGUGUAUGUUAAAAACAUUCGACCAGCUGGCCCUGGUGAUCUGGGAGGUUUAAAACCAUAUGACAGACUGUUACAGGUAAACCACGUUCGCACCAGAGACUUUGACUGCUGUUUGGUUGUGCCCCUCAUCGCAGAAUCUGGCAAUAAGCUGGAACUGGUCAUUAGCAGAAACCCCCUGGCAUCUCAGAAAGGAAGCUCAGAACACACUUCAGGGAGUGGGGAGUGGAGCGACCCGAAUGCUGCCUUCCUGCAGCAGAGCGGACACACCAGUGUUAGCACGGAGACACGGGAUCCUACAAAUACCUUAUAGCAGAAACCACUGGAGCAGGACAUUCGGUAACAAAAGACAAUUAUGGUGCUAAAUCCACUCAAGAUUUCUCUGAGACUGAGGCUCAGAUGCUGUACAGCACUGAAAAGCACAGGAGGUCGGUUGGUCUGUCUCAAGGCUUCUAUUAAUUCACUGUUACUUUAGAAAUAGUUUCAUUCUUCAUUAAGUCAAGUCAUUUUCCAUUCUAAGCAAUCUAGGAUUAGUAACAGUGGAAAAAAAAUAAACACAUAAGGGCCUUUUUUUCCCCCAAAUAAGAAACUGGGGAGAUGUUUUAAACAUGAUCUAAAUGUUCUUCUCCCUCCAGCAACAGCAGCUGUUUGAGGGAAAACCAUGGAGUUAACCUCUGCUAACAAACAGUAGUGUCCAGGCUACCCUGUUUUCAGAAAUCCUUUUCUGAGGAAGGUGCUGCUGUCUGAUGGACAAGGCAGAGUGGUUUACUGCACUGGGUUUUCCUGGGAAAUGGCUACAUCUCUGAUUUUGGAAACCUUUAUUCGCUGGCGAGAAGGGUGCACUUAUUAGACAAAGCAGGGUUACAACAAAAUGCUUGCAGGAAGCUGCAGCUUGCAUUGAACAUUGCUCCCCACUUCAGCAAACUUCGUUAGAACAUAUGUUAUUCCCUAUGCAAUGAAAUAUUUAAUGGUAUGUCUUGCAACCUGUGGGGAUUUUUAAGCAGAGAUUUUUUAGUGGGAUAAAACUUCUGACGAGGGAUUACGGAAAAGAAUGAAACUGAAAUGAGUUCAGACAAAUUAGAAAGGUUUUUUUAAAAGAAAAUGGCUUUUUUUAAAAUUAUGUCAGUGGAGAUUGAUACAAAAGCUCUUUAAUGAUCCAUAAACCUGUAAACUUGUACUGUCACACAUGAGCUUUUUAAGUCAAUCAGUUUCUUGAAGGAAGAAAGGUCCUAUUUAAUAUGCUUUGUUUUCAGCCUUCUUUAUGAUAAACAUUACCCCCUGCAACACAUUUUUAGAAUAUAAAAUUGUAAAUAUGUUUUACAAACACAUCACACAAAUUGCCUCCUCUCCCCUCUUCCCCCAAGCAAUAAAAUACUGCCAGUUGCUUUAUAUGCCCACCAGCAGCUGCAUUGGUUUAUUCUGGUAUUCAAGUUGUUAUUGGUAAUUAUUGUUAUUGGUGAAUAUAAAGAUACUGGAUUUGUAUAUUUGUAGAGUUUCCAUAUCUAAGCAAUCACCUUACAGAGUUGUUUCUGGUCAAUUUAAACUGUUUAAUGUAUCCCUGUUGCUGUUUCCAAUACAUAAACAAGCUCACCUGCCCUGCACACACACAAGUAUUUCUGAUUUCUAUUUCAGCACUGCCAGAAAAGGUCAGAAUGACAUUAUAGGCUGAAUCAUGUAAAAAAGAAAAAAACCAACAAAACAAAAAACUCCAAGGUUCAUGAGUCACAUAAAUAUGUAUUUUUAUUUGUAACAAAUAAGUAUUAAACUGUAAAGUAUUUUUGUACAAAUUUAAUACUUUAAUAGCAUGAUAUUUAUCGUCUAUGUUAUGUUUUUUGAAAUUCAAACUGUUGCAAAUAUUUGUAUGGAAAAACUGUAUAAAUUGAAAUAAACAGUGAUUUGAAGACAUUAAAAA